UAGUCGACUGGACGAACGUAUAUUUUUUGUUUUGUUGUUUAAUCACACAGGAGCAAUUAUUCGCAUGAUCAUUAUUAUAAUAAUUAUUAUUAUUAUUGCUCAAUUAAUUUCAAUUGAUCCUGAUGGAUGUGCGUCGAAGUAUGGAGUCAGACAGCGUCGUCGAGAUGAGUGCGCUCGGUCGGUCCGCGCAGCUGGGUGACCUCUACGAUAUUCGAAGGGACAGGUUCUGUAUUUCGCGUGCGGGAGGUGGCAGGCUAUCGCUCGCCACGUGUCCGAACGUGCUUCCUCGCGGCCUGUUCCGAUCCCGUCCGUCGAUCGACGUGUCGCACACCUUCAUUUCCGAUGACGACAACAGAAAUAAUUCGUUGGAGACACGAUUCUCGAUCUUGGCCGUCCAUCCGGCUCAACUAAAGCUGAGCAUCUUAGCCGGUCUCUUCGAGCCCGAGGCGUUUGCCGAGUGCCUUCAAGAUGUGGAAAGUAGAGAUGGACCGAUGAGCACCUCUGCUGCGCAAGCAGCCCUCAAGGCGGCUCUCUUCUGCCAAGUCACUUCAAGCGAGCACCUGCUGGACUUCUCCUCCUUCCCCCAGAACCUAGACGCGCAGGGAUCCCGACAGCUACAGGGCAUGGAGACGGAGAUGGCGGCGCCCGCAACCCACGUGGUCAGCGGCAUAGUUUUCGGCGCCACCGUAGUCGCCUCCAUCCUCAGCCGUCCGCUGGCAAACUUUUCCCGCCAUCAACCAGGAGGACAGCAGCAGGUCGACGGAUCGAGCCCUGCUCUGGCCGCCGCGGUCCAGCGGCAGGCCAAGGCCCGGCUAGACGGCAAGCUGAUGGCUCUGGUGGCUGCGCUGAAGGCGCAGUCCCCGUCGGACGGAUGCCUGACAGCUGAGCACAGAUCCUGGCACCCCGGUGGCGGCGAGAGGGUCGGCGCCGGCUAUCGACGAGGUCUUAACGUCCAGCUGACGUCACUCGAGACUUCUCUUCACUCCUCCAUCUGCAGUCGGGACCAAGAUUGGGACACGCUCAGCAGCAGAAGCAGGAGGGACGUGUCGUCCACCGCGAUCCCGACUUCUUUGCCUCUGGAUGGCAAUCCCGUCAUCGCGGACAGCGGUGCGGGCGCCGCCGCCGGCGAGGAGAUUGUCGAUGACAUCACCAUUCGAGUAUUCUCGGACCUGGUUUGGGAGACAGGAGCCCGACCCAGCUCCCCCAGUCUCCCUGAGCUCAAGGCGCUCCUCGAGCGCGUCUCGCGAAUCCGCGGCUACAGUCGCGGUUUGGCCGUCCCGAUCGCCAUCCGCUUGACGCCCUUGGUGGACUUCAUACGUUGGCAUCAACAGCGGUUGUCCCCUGCCCCGCUGGAUGAGGCGAUGCAGCUGCUGCGCCGCCUCCCGCUCCCUCUGGUCCAUCCCGACGACAACUCCAUAUGCGAGACGGUGAGGUUAUUCCAGGAGAUGGAAGAUCUGCAGAAGGAUGUCGACGCCAUAUCCCGCGAGCUCGCCUUAGCCGUCAGAGCUCAUGGCGAGUCCGUCGUCAUCAAGCAAGAGAUCGACGUGUUUGAUCGCGAGCGGGGGAAAAUCAAGGCAGGCAAGGAAUACCUUCGGCGGUAUGUGGCCGAGGCCACGGUACAGAUUCGUUCCUGCCCGGCGACGCCGUCGAACCUGUUGACACGGGCACUGCACAAACUUCGAGAGAGGUGCGGCAUCCAAGAGCGGCGGGAACAAUUGGCGGGAGUUUUGCGCGCGAUCAAACAAGCGGCAGACCAUUUGACAUCGCUGAAACGCAACGGUGUCAGGUUCUACCGUGCUUAUAACGAGGAGCUGGCCAUCGGACAGAUUCUUGCUCAUCACAAGGGCCAAUCGGUUUACAUCUUCGUCCACGACUGCGUCCAGGGACGGGGCGAGUCAUGGGAACGGAACGUGAACCUUCUGAAUAGCCUUGUGAGCAUCGAAUGUGAGAGACUGAGGCUUAGGCAGCAGAGCAGGGGGCAGAGAGAACGUGGAGGAGGAGGAGGAGUGGGUGGUCCCCGCCGUCUUCCUAGCGGGUUAAAGCGCUCUGGCGCAGCUCCUACUGAUGCCACCGCCGUUGGUCCAGCCGGCGAGGGUUCUCGAUGCUUCUUCUACUUUCUGGAAGUGUCAGAUUCUUCUCCUGAAAGUUUCUUCUACGUCCAGGUGCCCGAAGAAACAGGCUCGGCAGCAGGGUCGUUCACAGGGUCAGCAGCAACGUCGUCGGCAAGCUCGAUAGCGACGCGGAUGACGGCCACCGAAGGCACGACGUCGAGGGACACCAUGUCCUCGGUCCACAGCAGUUGCCGCAGCGAUUGUGGACGUGGUGGCAGCACCAACAAUGGUCCCGUUGUUGGACCUAUAACGGCAGCAGAAGGAGGAGGGGAAGGAGGAGGAGGAGGAGGAGGAGGAGGUGCCGGUCGUCCGCAAACAACGAUUAAGUUUUUCAGCGCCGGCUGCCUACUUGUCGAUGACGUGGCAGCGCACAUGGCCCGCGUGGGGAGGCUGUGCAUCGUCAGGUCAAACGAGAUGGAACUCGAUCAUCAUGUGUCUUUCACGAGCAAUGUGGACCGCCCUGCCACGACCGCAUUUGUUCGGACUAUAUGUCCAGGUUCGGACUCCAGGCGACGUCUUCCUACAGAAAGAGACCGGUUGUGCGAAGGAUGCGCCAGAGACUGGUUCUGCGAAAGAUGCGCCGCUCAGAUGGAGUACUGCUCCGACGGCUACGUGUACUGCGAUUGCGGUCGGGCUCCCGUGCGGUCGCUGAGCUUCCUUUGUCGCGAUCCCAGACACACUACCAGCCAAUACGUCAGGUUUGACAGGCCGGAAGCUGACUUGGCAGAGCAAGUGGGCGCCGUGAUGUCCAACGACCAGGAAGUCAACAUUCUGUUGCUGGGAGAGAGCGGCGUCGGCAAAUCGACCUUCAUCAAUGGCUUCGCUAACUACCUCCGCCACCGGGCCAUGGACGACGCCGCGGAGGACCUCGUUGCCUUGAUACCUUCCAAAUUCACGUGGUGUGAGGACAGCGACAACUUCAGAAGCUUGGAGGUGACUGUGGGCGAGCGGCAGGACGGCGGCAAUGAGGCGGCGGCAACGGGCCGAGGCGACUCCUCCACGCAAUCUUGCAAGGCGUACGUGUUUGGCUAUGGCGAUUACAAGGUGCGUCUGAUAGACACGCAGGGAAUCGGCGACACAAGAGGGAUCGAGAGAGACAGGAUCAACUUCGACAACCUGCUGCGGUUUCUACGGUGUCAUCGGAGCCUCCAUGGCAUCUGCAUCCUCCUGAAGCCCAACUGCUCGCGGCUGAACGUGAUGUUCCGCUUCUGUGUCAUGGAGCUGCUGUCCCAUCUCCACAGCAGUGCCAAGGGCAACAUCGCCUUCGUCUUCACCAACGCCCGGUCCACCUUUUACAAGCCAGGCGAGACCAUGCCCGUGCUGACGGAGAUGCUGGGCAACAUCCGCAAGUCCCCUCCUCACGUGGACAUCCAGGUCGAUCGCUCGACCAUGUACUGCCUCGACAGCGAUUCCUUCCGCUUCCUAGCUGCACUCAAGCAUGGGGUGCGGUUCACAGACAAAGACCUGAAGGAUUACCGUAAGAGCUGGGAGAUAUCUUCGGCAGAGUGCCAUCGCCUCAUGGACUUCAUCUUGCGUCGUCAUCCACACAAGGUGCAGGACACGGUGGCGCUCAACCAAGCCCGCCGUCGCGUGCUGCAGCUGGCCGAGCCGCUGGGAGAGAUCAACGGCCAGCUGCAGCUUCACCUGAAGCUCAUGGCCGCCAAGAGGAUGGAGAUCCAGUCCACGACGACGAAGCUCUCCGACAUGAAAAACAAGCCGCGGCAGCAGUUUGCCUACGUGGAUCACCAGGAUGCUCGGGAGCCGAUGAUCGUCUGCACUAGCCCCGGCUGCACAGACACCAUCAUGCUCGAUGGACAGGCACAGUAUCAUUAUCGUACGAUCUGCCACGUGCCGUGUCAUGAGAGUACUGGCAGCUUCGACGUGGUCAGCGAGCAGGGCCUGCGAUCUUGCUCGGUGAUGAGGUCGGACGCCACGUGUGGACAGUGUUACUGCAAAUGGACAGCACACAUGCGCACCACAAAAAUGACAAGUGUAGUCAACGGCUUCAGAGAGGACCCUGCCGUCCAGGCCUCCAUCGCUUCCGUCGAACAAACCGAGUCCCAAUUGAAGCAGCAGCUGAGCGAGCUGCAAGAGAGGGCCAAAGAGCUGGAUCAGGAGAGAAGAGAUGUGUCGACGGCCAGCAGGCAGUUCGCUGUGUUCCUGGGACGCCAUGCCAUCCUGCCGUACAACGACGCGCUCUUGGAGUACUUGAGUCAUCUCAUCCACCAGGCGAAGAGCGAUGAUCAAUCCGGAUAUGGAGAGGCGGAGGAGAAACAGGAGGACCAUAGCGAUGCAGUGGAACGACUGCAGCGGCUGCAGCAGCUGGAGGAGACAUACGAGAACGAAGCAAGGAUCCUCUCCGACGCAUUAACAGCCACCAAUAGCUCCGACUUGAUGGACGAUGCAAUGCUCUCUGCAGAGGGUAGCCAGCGCCUCUUGGAGAGGCUGUAUCGGCUUCGAAUCAACGGACAGAGGAUCAGCAGGGCGGUGGCGGAGUCGGAAGAGAGAGCCCUCGACCGCGACUUCAGCUCCGGCAUGUUGCCUCGUUGGAGGCUUCAGCACGGAUAGGGCUGCGACGGGGUUCCCCCUGAAACUAUAAUGAACUUAAUGAAGUACU